GGUCACUGAGUUUACCUGGCUUACUGAUCUCAGAAUAUCACUGGAUCCAACAUGAACGGCGUCUCUAGACUCUAGGUAUGUUAUCUUGAUGUUCACUGAAGCAUGAAAUGAACACCUGUAAUAUGACUGGUUGUUAUUUUUAAAUACAGCCUGUCGUCAGCUGAUCAAUAAUACAUUAGUUCAUCGUUAUACGGCCUCGCAAGUCACAGAGCCAUAAAGAUCACUUUAAAAGGUACAUUUUUACCAAUUUUUAAUAUAUAAUCUCUUUUUCUUUGUAUAUUUAAGCUAACGUUUAUUGCUCCGUUAUAAUGUGGAUUCAAUUUUUUAUUUAUACUUGUUUUCCAAACGGUUUUACUAGUUUAUAAAACGAUAGAAAGCAAGGUAGCUUUGUUGUUAGAGGAAUUAAAUGGUUCAUUUGAUGUUCAUGGAUAAAAGCGAAUGAUAGUCAAAUGUAUCGAGAUUUUUUGAAAAACUUUCAUUUUAAAAGUUGCUGUUUUGUCCUCUCAUAAUCUCAUUGACCAAGUACCCGUGACACUAAUAUGUCAAAAUAGCAUUAAUAUACCAAGUAUAAUUUCUCUAGUAAAAGUUUAUGUUUAGAUUUUAAGUGAUUUAUAAAACAGUACAUAACUGUCAUUUGGGCUAAAAAGAGAACGGGAAUUUGCAUACUUUUUGAACUGGGAAAAUGGGUUACUGGGUAUAACAGAGAGAAAAAAUAUGAAAAGCCAUAUACCAUUAUAAUAAAGAUACUUGUAGUUAGACAUGUAAGAGCAAAUUUUAGUUGAGAGUUUGUCUUGGAAGAUUGUAUUGUUUUUCCGACUCCUAGGUAAUUUUUCUGCUAGAGAGGUCAUUUUUCUGUUAGUGUUCUAUGGUUUUGCAUUUGAGAAAUUACAAAAACUAUUUGUCUUUUAGUGCUGGUAUCUGAAGAUGAACGCUCAAAUAAUAGUCGUUGUUAUAUUUGGUCUCGCUGCAGGUUUGCGACACUUAUUUGGGGUGUUAUAGCCAAUUACAUAUGUCUUGUCCGCGCGGGCGUGAUGCGCACAGUAUUGAGCAUUUGGUCGUUUUUUUCAAAGCGCAUGUCCGUCACAAGCGAGUCUCUCACGUCGUCUCGCUAUAACUUUGGCGCGAAUGCUCAUAGUGUCCGCUUCGCCCGCGCGAAAGUCUAUAUUUUGAUUGCUUUCUUCUGUGGCACAAUCAGAUUGAAAAUCUUUAAAGAAUCACUGGUUCAAAUCACUUUUUCAAACGUGUUCGUGAAGCUCCCCCAUUAUUCCAGAAUCAAACUAAGUGGUAUUUUUCCCUAAUUUAUCCUCAUUUUUUUAUAUUACAUUGCAAUUUGCGGAAAUGUUUCAAUGAAUUACUUCAUGCCUUGGUAAAGCUGCAAAAAAGAUAAGCGAGAUAGCCCAGAUUAAGUCGUUGUACUGAAUGAAAGGGUGUCGACGCCAUCAGUUCUAUUUCGCCAUCUAUAAAAUUGAUAUCAAUUCACAAUCUUGUAGUUUACAUCCCAACGAUCUUCGCAAUAUUUUUACUUGUGCUCGCGGUACUCAUGAAGUAAAUUCUGGGACGGCUAGCACUGAUUCAAAGCUUCCUAUAGUUAGCAUUGAACUUGCAAAAACAAAACUAUCAUAUGGAGAUGUGCCGCUUUUCAAUUCACUGCCACUGAGCUCAAAUAUUUUGACAAUUAUUCCCCUAAUUUGUUACCUCACAGCUACAUUGUUUUCAACUUAGGACCCCCUUAAAUGGAAUGGAUUUCAAGUUUUUCUCACUGACACGCGCAAAGUAGCAGAGCAUCCUUCUUCGACACAGCAUGAAAAAGAUUUUUUUAUUUUGACCAAUAAAUGAGUGACUAAGCGUUUACACGAAAACGAGGCUAAGGGGCAUUGCCCCUUUAGGCUCCUAAGCCACUUAUUGGUCAAAAUAAUAAAUAUUUUAUCUGAUGCAUGUGUUGAAGAAGGAUGCUUUGCUUCUUUGCGCAUAGCCAGUGAGAAAAAACUUGAACUCCAUUCCAUUUUAGCGUGAUUUAUUCUGUUCCUAAGCUGAAAACAAUGUAGUAAUUAUGAUAAUUUUGGGCUAGUAUUCCAAAGGUCGUAGGUUCGAUUCCCACCGUGGCCAGGUAUAUUUUUCUUGAUCUUAACAAUCACGUAGACAAACAUGAACAAUUUUCUUGCGUUCCGUGCAGAUAUUUGGAAUAUAGAAACUGGCUCAUCGAGUGACAAUCGCAAUAAGAGUCUAACGUGCGGAUUUUUUUCUUUUAGCAAGUCUGGCAGCGCCGGCGGCACCAGUCCCCGCAGCUAAACCAGCAGCCCCGGCGAAAGCAGCAGCCCCCCCUCCUGCGUCAGGAAAUGGAACAAGUGGCGCAGCAGCAGCAGCAGCAUCUACGGCUUCAGCGGCAAAACCAGAAUACCCGAAAGAUCUUGGCAAUGGAGUGGAAAUGAUUAACCGUGAAGAUUGUCCUGGCGGAUACUGCGAAACCUUCCUCAUCCGACCCCCACCCCCAGGUAUGGGUUUCCCUAUGCCUAUGGGGAUGGGGGGCAUGCCUCCAAUGGGUGGUAUGGGAAUGCCCCCCAUGGUCGGAAUGGGGAUGUCCCCUAUGAUGGGUGGGGGUAACCCAUGUUGUCCUCAAUUACCCCCUUCACCUUGCGGAGGAAUGCAACAGCCAUCCUGUCAACUUGGGCCCCCACCCCAAGGAUGCAGGGGUGGGUGUCCCCCACCUCCCAUGAUGGGUCGCUAAGCUGUGAAAGGAGAUAAAGACUGGGAACUAAUAAUGCUGUACUAAUGUAGCAUUUUGAUAGCACAAAGAAUGAAAUUUUUGAGAAUUUCAAAUUUAGUAUUCUAACAUGAAGACGUUGUAUAUUAUUUUAAUGAAUCGGACAGUAUGAAAGAUUAAUUUAUAAACUGCUGUACAAAAUAGCUUAUCGUGGAUAUAUAUGUAUACCGUUUCUUUAAGGCAGCCCUGUACAAUUUUGACCUGUCAAUUCUUCUAACCGUACGAUUGUAAUUUAGUGUCAAUGUGAAAUACUGAAAUAAUUAAAGGCUAAUGUAUCUUGAAAUCAAUUACAAUUAAUCAUGUAAGCC